AUGACCUUUUCGUUUUACACGGAAGACAGCCUAUCCUUUCCUUUCAUUCAUUUCAUUUUGCAUUUUACCUUCGAUUUCUUCAGGUAUUAUCAUUAUAGAUCCCUUUUAUCUUUCACUUCUUUUGCAGUUCUUUUUACCGUCUCUUUCAGCUCGUAUCCUUAUCCCUUUCCUUUUCAAUCACUACUUUGCAUUUUUACCUUUCGAUUUCUUUCAGUAUUAUCAUUUAUAGAUCUCUUUCUAUUUUCACUUAUUUGCAUUUCUUUAAAAGUCUCUUCAGCUCGUAUACUUUCUUUCCUUUUAUUCACUUUACUUUCUCGUAUAUCCUUUCCUUUCAUUCACUACUUUGCAUUUUACCUUCGAUUUUCUUCACUCUUGUAUCCUUUCCUUUCAUUCAUUCACUUUUGCAUUUUACUUUCUGAUUUCUUCUGGUAUUAUUUUUAUAGAUCCUUUUAUCUUUUCAAUACUUUGUAUUUCUUUUUACUGUCUCUUCAGCUCGUAUCCCUCCUUUCAUUCACUACUUUGCAUUUUUCUUCUGAUUUUUUCAGCUCGUAUCCUCCUUUCAUUCACUAUCCUUUUACUCUUUCCUUUCAUUCAGUUUUUUGCAUUUUAGAUCCUUUCAUUUUUCACUUAUUUUGCAUUUAUAGAUACUGUAUCUUUCAGUACUUGCAUCCUUUCCUUUCCUUAUUGAAUAUACUUUCCAAUUUACCUUUUCGAUUUCAACACUUUGCCCGUGACCAUGGACCUUUUACGUUUACACGAAGACAGGCAUUUCUUUUUUACUGUCUCUCUUUCAGCUCGUAUCAUUUCCUUUUCCUUUCAUUAACUACCAUUUUACCUUUUGAUUUCUCCAGGUAUUAUCACUAUAGAUCCCUUUUUUCAUCUUUUCACUUUCUUGCAUUUCUUUUACCGUCUCUUCAGCUCUUUAUCCUCCCCUUUUCUCUUUCCUUUCAUUCUCACAUAACUUUGCAUUUUACUCUUCGAUUUCUCUUAGGUAUUACUAUUUAUAGAUCCUUUUUAUCUUUCACUUUUGCAGGUGAGUUAAUCCAGAAGUCUCUUUCAUAA